GAUACCUGUCAGCCUUCACAGAGUACUUAGUAUUACAGAUGGUCUCAUUUAUUUAUUUAUUUAUAUCUACUUAUGACUGUGAUUCAUUCAUUCAUUCAUUUUUUGAUGUGUUCCAGUAAAACCACCAGUCUGUUAUCAAUUCAAGUAAAAGUAGGUACCAUAUCUUGAAAUUGACUUAAAGUUAAAGGUAAUUAUUUGAGUUUUAACCCAUGACUGUCGGACCCAUGACCAACAGCUAAUGCUGGAGGUCGUUUUGACUCACUGCCCGCUGGAGUCAUGACUAGCUGUGCAGAGAUGAUUACCGUUUCAGUACAGAUAUAACUUAACUUAACCUUUCCACUUCCUUGCUCGUCUUCUCACCGUUGUCUUCUGUGGCUGGAUCGUAAAACACUGGUGCAUCAUCAUCAUUGGUCCCCGGCAGCUCACUUCCAUUGGAGCUUUUUUUUUGUUUGCAUGUUCCUUUUUUCAUCGCCACUUUUUUUGUGUCAUUAACUUCCUUUUUGGCUUUUUUUAUUAACUGCACGAUUUCUUUCUUUCUUUUUUUAUUUGCAACAGGCUUUGGUUUCUUUCUUUAUUUAUUUUGUUUUGCAUUCUUUUUUAUUUACAGCAGUGGCAGUUCUCGGUAACCGUAGCACUGCACAAAAGUGAGUAAACUAAAUUUUAUUUAAACUCCUGGUUGAUAAUGACCAAUUGUAAUGUUUCUUUUUAUGUCAGACUCUGCAGUCCGAAACAUGAUGUGUUAAAUGGCGCAGCAUUUUUUUUUUAUCAACAGAUGAACAAAUUCAGGCACCGACUAGACGUAAAGAACGUAUUAAAUGUGAGACGCAAGUGAGUGAAGGCCCUUCUCCGUUUGACGUCAUUUUCAGUCGCCGAGUGUCGGUGAUAUUUCGGGUCAGAUCGCAGGGUAUUUGGAGGACAGCUGAUCAUGGCCCUCAGGGUGAUCCGGCUGGUCAUCCCAUCGGGAGCGACAGCUUUAAAAGCGGGGACUGUUUCUCAAAAGGUAAGGAGUGACUAAAAACAGGAGCGGAGCUUUAAUUGGACCUGAAUGUCGGGUCAGCGGUACAAGGACAAGCUAACUCUGUUAGCAUUAGCUGCUAAAAGCAAUAAUAAUCCACAUGAGUCCAGUUUAAUAUGAACCCCCUUUACUCAGGCCUCUGUUUAUGUUUCAGUAUAUUUAUGUUUAACUAUAGUUGGUGGAGGUACAUGUUGUAAUGCUCCUUUAGUUUCACUUAAGCAGAAUCUAUAAGAUGUUGACAUCAGCUGCAGUGAGUUUAUGGGGGAAUUACUCUAGAGAGGGGGUUUAUGGUUUCAAAAUAAAACCCUGAGCCCCUCUGUGUCUCUGCUUUCCUUCUCCAGACUAAUGAUCGUGUAUAGAAGGUCAAAUGUUUUCUUUAAUCAGUUGCUGUUCAGUCGUAAUGGUCAUAAUUUCAACAUCAACUGGUUAUUUCACACUUCCACUCACCAAUACUAACUCUGGACAGCGUACUGUCAUGUUCAGCGGUAUGAAAAUAUGGAAUAGUCUUCCUUCUGUUAUUACAAGGUGAACAAGUAAACAUGUGUUUAAAAAUAUGGUUUACCAAUAUCUAAAGACCCAGACUCACUGAAAUAAAAAGAAACAGAACACCUAGACUAGGCUGUGACAACAUACUAUACAUGCAAAGGAGAUUUUGAUUACUUUCUUGACUAGGGAUGGGAAUCGAGAACCAGUUCUUGUUGAGAACUGGUACUGGUGCCCUUUAAGCUAUUUUUUGUUUGUGAUGGACCACCGACUUACAUUUUAAACAUUUGCUAAGACACAUUUCUUAAAAUCUUCCCCCCUUCCUCACAAAAAACAUCUAAAAUUAUCACUUAAUUGCAUCCUAUCAGUGCUUUAUGUGUGCUUAGAACCAAACACUGAUUUCUUGUUUUCGAGACAAGUCUAAGUCCUCUAAUGUCCAGCCAGACAUUAGAAACAAUACUGAGGUCAAACAAUAAAAACACAAGUAUAAGAUUGAAGAGAAAUUGUAUUUAGAAGUCUCAAAUAUUCUCUCUUUGUGUUGUAUAUAGUGCACAUACUUAUAUAUGUAUAUUAUCUCUUUAUUGUUACUUAAUUUGUCUAUUAUUUAUCUCCUCUUUUUACUUUAUUUGCACUGGAGUGCUGUAACAAAAAGCAAUAUCCCCCUGGGAGUUAUUAAGGUAUUUUUGAUUCUGACAGGACUUAAUGAUGGUUCUAGUAGAUGCUCUAACGUAAAGUGAUUAUAAAAAAUGCUUUUUUUUGGUCAUCCAGGCAGGGCUUCACACAAGCUCAGUGAGGAGCCUGCAGUAUGGCUGGUUGGCGUACGUUCUGGGUGAGAGGACCACACCUCGGUUCUCCCAGAACAGCAAAAUCAUCACUGUGGACGGAAACCUGGCCAGUGGGAAAGGAGCGCUGGCUCAGAAGGUGGCUGAGAGGCUAGGUAACUAACCUAUUAUAGCAAUGCUCAUAUUGUAACACUUUACCGACAGUGUUUGUGUUGAAAUAAUGAGGGACUCUGUAUCUUCAGGGAUGCUCUACAUGCCUGAGCCUGACACCUUCUACAUUGACAAGAUGACCGGGGAGAAGGAGCCGCUUCCUGUUGCGUUUAACGGGAUGUGCAGCCUGGAGAAGUUUUACUUGGACCCCAAAGCAACAGAUGGAAACAGCUACAGGCUACAGAGCUGGAUGUACAUCAUGAGGCUGCUUCAGUACGCUGACGCCAUCGAACACCUGCUCACCACAGGUGCAGAGCCGCCUGUAGUCCUCAGCUUUGAUUGCACGAAUAGAUAAUUAUCGGACAGGAUUUAUUAGUAACUUCUUGAUUUUUAUUUUUGUUUUAAAGGGCAGGGAGUGGUCCUGGAGCGUUCCCCCUUCAGUGACAUGGUCUUCGUGGACGCCAUGUUCAAAGAGGGCUACAUCAGGAAGGAGUGUGAGUGUUCGGUGCAUCUCUUUAGCGCAGAGACGUAUGCAAAUGGUCUUGAUUUAACCCUACAUCAUUUGCAUCAUCCUGUUAAAAUCCACCUUUAUAGCAUCAGCUAAAAUGAGAAAGUUUAACUGGCAACAGAAAGCCGAAGCUUUCCUCGUCUGUGGAGUCGUACAUGGUAAAAUAAACGGUAAAAUUCAGCAGGGCAGACACAAUCCAGCCACAGGAGAAAGUACUUUGCAUAAUCCUGUUUAGAUUGAGGUAAAUUACAGAUUUUAGGGCGAUGAUGCGUUUCAAAAUACUGCUCAACGUUACAUCACCCAAAGUAUUAGAAGUUUUUUUGGUAUGACUAACGGAGAUAAAAAUAUCAAAGCAACCGUAUAGAGAUUAAGUAAUUUAAAAGAGUAAGAAGUAAGAGUAAGUUCAUUCAUAAACUUUGACGCGUACCUACAAUCAAAUCCAGGUUUUAAAAUUAAAUUAGAAGUUAAAUGUUUAGUUUUCAUCUUAGUAAAGAUUGUGAAAGAUUACACUGUGACCCCCUGCAGCAUCUAUUUGACACUCCAACCCUCCUCCACCCUUUCCAACAGGGUUGACUUGCAUGUCUGUGAACAACCCUGGUAAUGUGAAAACAAAUUGUGUCCCACACGUUUCUUUAAAUUGUCGCUCUGUGUCUCGCAGGUGUGGACCACUACAAUGAGAUCAAAGGCAUCAGCAUCUGUGAGUUCCUCCCUCCACACCUCGCCAUCUACGUCGACAUACCGGCUGAGGAGGUGCAGAAGAGGCUGAAACAGAGCAGCAAGGUAGAAGAGUUUCUACUCUACUACUGUCUCUGCAGAUAAUGAAUCAUGAGGUUUAAUCUGUUUUAAGCUGUGAAAAAUGAGCAGAAGACACCUCAGAGGAUGUGGCCCAAAAUCUGAAUAUUUAAAGGAUUGGAUAAAGUGAGCUUAUCAAACUGUGGGAGCUUCCUUAUAAAAUAUUCUAAUAAAAUAUCUGUUUCCUCAGCCGUACCUGCACAAUGUUCCCCUGUCAUAUCUGAAGGGCAUCGAGGAAUCCUACAAAAAGUCUUUCCUGCCCCAGAUCGGGUGAGUAUUUCAACUUUUCACAAAAGUAUCAGAGAUCUGACAACAUUUCAGUGACAGUUACAUCAAAUCUUCAAAAAGAUUGUGAACAAACCUCGAGUGUUUUUGCGUUUUUCCUUUCAGCGCGGAAACAGAGGUGCUUGCUUACGAUGCAACCCAAGCCCAGGAUUUUGAAAGGGUAAGAGGAGGCGUCAGCUGCGUGAAGACGGUGUUGGAUUACAUUUCUGACACCUUAGAUCCACACAGGGAUUGAGAGUUUGAUGUCCGUGUGCAGAUUAUUAACAGUGUUUGGUCCACAGGUGGCAGAGGACAUUGAGUAUUUGAAGUUUGAUAAAGGACCUUGGCUGGAGCAGGAUGACGUCACCUACCACCACAUGAGGAUGCUGUGAGUCCUUAAUUAGAGCGGUACAGCUCGCAUUGAAAUGCAGAUUUCACAGAGGAAAAUCUCCUGACGGUGAAGCGAGAUUCUCACCAACAUUUCGCACCCUCAUUAUGGAUAAAUAUGCAGAGGAGUCAGAAUUCACAUUUGUUCUGAUUGCCUUUUUUAACGCCAGGCUCUCAUUUGAAAUCAGCUUCUAUUAUGUGGGCUUUAAACACCUGUCGUUAAGCUCUUUCCCUGCCUUUUCUUCUUUAAAUCACAGUGUGCAAAACAAGCAGAGAGUUGCCGGCCUCACCCACAUACCCAAGUUCCUGCCAGAGACAACCAUCGGGGCCCACGAGUACGAUGAGACAUACUAUGCCUACAGAGCGGUAUGUAGAAAUUCUCCUGUCUAAAUGAGUGUAAACACAGACGUCUCAGCGAAAGUCACAGAUUUCAUAAUAGGAAGCUGAUGAUCAGAGGAAUGGUUACAAUCAUUUUUCUAUUUCUGGGAAGAAAACUACAAAUGCAAAAGAAAUGUAAGCGGGCUGUAAAAGUCUAGUAAGGCUCAUUUUUUCAACUGAGCUGUAUACCUCUGUUUAAACGGGUUGUACUACAGCCCUCAAACAAACUCUGCAGCAGACUGCGGCAGCUCGGAUGUGAAAGAGAGGUGAGGGUGUGAGCUUCAGGGAAAGCUGAAGAGAAAUCCAGAUUUUACCCCGAACCACAAAUCAAUCGUUAAAAUUGACUCAUUACCCAGCCGUAGUCGGAAAUCUCAGAGUAUAAUGGCCUUGAUUUUCUUUUUUACGCUCUCAUGGUGUUAUACAAACAGAAAAUCACGAUUGAAACCCAUACAAGAUUAUAGGGAUUCAUUAUCCUUUCCAUCUGUUACCCUCCGUUUCUACAGCGUUUCAAUUUCCAAACUCAUCUUCAGCAGUUUGGAAACAUAUUUGCUUUUUGCCUGACAAAGAGGGACAAACAGACUACGCGGAUGAGUAAAUAUGCAGCAAAAGAAGUGAGUCAGUGAAAUAUCGUAGCAUUAGUUUAAUGCAAUCGUUGUGUUACCUUUGACACAUCUGUUUGAGCAAAACAUAAAGACUCCUCCAAACAGUUACAGCUGGGAAAACAACAUGUUCACGUGCCUUACAGCUUAUAUUGUGCUUUACUUGGUUGAUGAAGUGAUUUCAUGGGGAUUAUCCAAAAAGAGAUAGAUAGGACUAAAUAAAUCAUCUGGUACCACCUUAGAUUCCCCAAGUUUUGGGCUUCAUGUCUGUAAAGGAACAUUUCAAAUGGGACUAUUUGUCAAAACAUGAAUACACAUCAGAAAAUAAAGAAGUGUUAAUAUAUGAGCCCAUGUUUUCAUGAUCGAAAGUGCUUUUAAAGUUCAGUCAAGAUCCCUGCUUUCAGAAAACAAACCUGCGAGCAGAACAGCCCACUAAUACCGGAGCGGUACAUCUUUAGUUUCAUUCAAUCCGACUUCUGAAGGCAGAGUUGCUGCUUUCAGCAGAUUUGUCUGCACUGUGCGUGUUUAAAAGUGUUGCUGCUCUGAAGCACUUUUGUUUUGUCUGCUCUUUUCUUUUUAGGGGCACGAUAACAAGUGGCUGCUCUGUGUUUGUGUAUAUAUAUGUGUGUGGUUUCUGUUAUUUAUAAUCUGGAUAGAUACCUGUUCCCUCCUGCGCAGAGAAAGCGAGAGUUGUGGUGAUAGAGAGGAUCCUGAGAGCUCUUUUUUUCACCCUCACCAGCAAUUCAGCUCGGCUUUUAUAGCAAAACAACAGAAGGACAGGGCUGUACUCCAGACGUCGAUCAUCCUGUAGUGCUCUUUGGUGCUCCCCGUGUCCGUGAGGAUGAAUGUUUAGUGUGAUCACAGGACAGAGAAAGAGAGAGAGAGAUAUUAAUGUUGAAGAAAUAUGAAGUUUCUGUCCUCUUUAUUUGGGCAGGGUGGCCAAGAUGAACACUUGGAUGACCUUCAAUCUAAAGUUUCUCACUUUCAAACAUUGUUUCUGCCCUAGACUAAAUUUAGAGCAUCAUUUAUCCCCAUUUUUAGAGGGUGACCUAAUUGCUUUUGAAGUUUUCAGGCUAAAACAUGAAAAUAUGGUACAAUAUAACAAAAUAUCCUUUCCCCCCUCCUAAUAAUAGUGCCACUAAACAGAUGUCAAACCAGUUCCCCUUGUUUUAUGGAGUAAAGCUGUUACUUUGGUCAAAGUACAUCCGUGCUAUAACACUGAUUGACAGUAGGGGGCAGCAUCUAAAUGAGGACUCAGUAAUGAGCUUUUUUCCCUUGAAAUCUUUUAGCUUUAUUCUCCACAGAAACAUAAUGGUUGUAACUGACACUAUUGAAAAGGUUGAGAACAUAAAGAAGAGUACAGGUGUUUAAAGGUGCUGGACGUGCAGAACAGGCUCUUAAAAAUUACCUCCACGGUCUUGGAGUGAGAUGGAGCGAGGCUCAAACUGCUGCAGCAAGAGAACUGAGCAGAAACAUAUUUCAGACUCACAGUGUCCAGUUUCCUGUCUACUUGAUCUUCUCGAGAAAAAAUUGUCUCCACAGAGCGAGAACCAAAACCUAAACAGUUUUUGUUUUAUGUGCAACUAACUUUGACAUCUCUUGGCUGCGCUGUUUUAUCAUCAUCAGUCCCACUGACCACGAUCACCUCCGUACAGUCACUUUAAAAUGAUUUUUAGUGAUGCUCUUUCUUCCUCCAGAUUGUGUUUUUUCUUAUUGUGAGUUUUUAACAGUUACAGGGCUCCUACACAGUUGGAAUUUCCAUACUUUUCCGUACCCUACUUUUUAGAAUCAUUGUUGAAAAAUUUUAGAAGACAGUAUUUUAGAGCAGUGGUAAUAGCCUGGAAACACAUAUUUUUCCAUACUUUUUUUUCAUUUUUUAUACUUUUUUAGACCUAGAAAUUGAUUGGUUUUAUUUUCAUACUUUUCAUACUUGACUGUUUUUAAAUCUGCAGUUAAAAGGCUGGAGUACAAACUCUCAGAGUGUCUCUGUUUUAACUGAUGUUUCCUCACAUAUAUUGUUCUGGAUUGAGUCUGUGUGACCGUUUGUUGUAACUGUGUAUUGCUGCCAUUCUUGGUCAGGUCUCCCUUGCAAAUGAGAUCCUCAGAUCUCAAUGGGACAAACCUGGUUAAAUAAAUAAAUACUUGCGUAGGAACCCUGUAUAUAUUUCCAUAGAGGGGCAAUAAAGCCCUGAACCUAACUGAGCAGAACUUAGCAUGUCCACACGGUCAGUGUCAAUGAGGUAGAAGAAGCUUGAUGUGCCAAAUUCUGGGUUCAUUUCUUCAUGAGACGCAGUUUUCUUUGUCGAGUAGUGACUUUGAUAAGUUCUGUUGUUCUUGGUGAAGUUCACAGAGGAUGAUCUACGCUUUAAUUUGAUGUAGAGUUUUUAUUUGAGGGUCUUUCAUUUUUAUUGAAACCUGAAACAUGUUUCCGAGGAAUCCUUCAAAUCUGAAAAUCCUCACUGCUCUAUUAGCUGUUUUCAUUUCUCCACCCGUUUCCCAUGUAAAGCCUGUGCGGCUCUGUCAGCAUGACAGAACUAAUUUAUUUCAGAUCUCAUAUCAGGCGACUGGUACUUACAAGAAUUUAGAGAUGUGGAAUAUUCUUGGAGGCUUUCUGUGCCGUCAGUCUUGCAGAGGAAACAUUCAGGUCUGACCUUUUCUGUUUAUUGACUGGAGACUUUUUUUUUGUCUUCCCUCAAUGCGAAAUUCCGGCUGUGUAAUGCUACAGGAGGCUGAGACCUGACAUUUAGCUCUGAGCCCGGAUCUCAGUGGAGGGAACGGGAGCCGAGGCAAGCGGUGGAGUAAUCUCCAACAAGCACGGGGAAGUUAACGGAGUAAAGUCAUGGAAGGACAUUUGCAAGGCUGAUAUUAUUGCAGCUCCUGAUAUGCUUUUUUAUUAAAACAGAAUGGAGAUGAAACUAAAGGUGUCCUUCAGCGAGCAGUGACAAGCAAGUAAAAGUGGAGAAAAUAUCUGCAGUCUGGUGGCUUCAGCACAUGCGCCUCAUGUGGAGACAGUAGUCCUCGUUUGACCUCCAGCCACAGCCGCUUGCUGCAUGUCUUCCCGCGCUCUCUUCUCCUUUAUUUCCCUGAUCUCUCCUCGGCUGUCUUGUUAAAACUCCUGUGAGGAGUUUGCCUUUUUAUGACAACCUUGUUUUUACAUUUUCCACAUAAGAUUUCCACAAUAUAUGAUUCGAAUAUCUGUGAAAAGUCAGCCAGAUGAGAUUUAUGUCAGAAAAUACGACUUAAAGACACACCCCUAUGAAAAUCCUAUUUUUCUUAUGGUCUACAUGUUCAUACUGAAUUUUUCUGAUGCUGCAGGACAUAUCAUGAGAAAAAUAAGUGCAAAAUUUUUUUUUUUAGUAUUUCUUCAUUCAAAUCACUGUGAAUCUCUGGCAGACCCAAACGGCAGGAUCAGAUAAAGUGAGAUUUCCUAUGUCACAAAUCCAAGCUCCGCCCCCCGGAGCCCUGCUAUGCAAGCCAGGCUCGGAGAAAUAAAGAGGACGAUCGCGGAACAAGCGUGUGCGUUAGCAGUUUGCAACAGUCGUAAGAAAGCUAAUCAUGAUAUUAGCUUUUAUCACGCCCCUAAAGACAUUAGCAUCCAAGAGCUGAAUAGCUAGGCUGCAAGCUAGCUUGAAGAGGAGUGUGAAGAGCAGCGCUGAUUCCGCCCACGACUCAGAGGUGAAUUGCUAAUGAGCUACUGGAGCUCUGCAGAAGAAAAGUGCUUAAAAAUGAUACAGGUAACAUGAUUUUGGCUAAAAACUUGUUGACUGUUGAAAUUUCCUUACAGAAGCUUUAAAUUGGGGCUAAAAUGCCCCCAAAAAACGGAGAAAUUCUGAAUAUGCAUUUAUUACAGUCCAAAAUAUGGCCUUAGAUAUUGUUAUUGUACACUGCUGUCAAAUUGAGGCCAGAUCUACAUCAUCUUACAUCACCCAUUUGCUGAUAACACGGCUGCACCAAGUAAAAAGGAAAAAAUCUCAAACUCAAGCUGUCAGUCAUCAAGUUUGCUGAGGAGAACUCUGGAGAAGCAGCGAGAUAAGAUAUUAUUUGCUCGGGUCCAAAAAAGAAUCAGUGGAUGGUGGAAAAAUUUCAUCUGAUCUUUGGCUCCUCUCUGAGCAUGACAACAAAAAGAUUGCUGUCCAAAAGGCCGGGCUACCUGGAGGCAGGAGGAUAAAGGAAGAAUGAGCUGGAGCUCCAAAUAUGCGAGUGGACACGCAGUAUGUGGCCUCGGCGUCUCAGGGUGUCCUGCAAGGGCAUCAAAGUGAAGGCGAAAUAAAUCUAUGGCGGUGAGAGACAGAAGGGACAGGGAGGAAUAUCACCGCAAGACCACUGCCCAGAAAUUCAUGAUUAACAAUUUUGUUGUUUUUAAAAGAGCCGAAGUUGUUGUUUAGAGGUGAUUGUUUUGUAUGAUCGGUUUAGGUCUUUUAUCAAUGAUCUGAUCGUCUUUUUCAGCUCCCUGGGAAGAGGUACGCUCCUGGUUAUAAUGAAGAUGUUGGAGAUAAACACAUCUGGCUGAAGUGAGUCCACUCAAACCCUUCACCACAGGCUGAUUUACUCUGAGUGAACCGGAACCACUCGUCUGUCACCGAUUCAGUCGUCUUCUGUUGUACAUCCUGAAUAUUAUGUAUGUAUUAAAUAAAAGAAUAAAUUUUGAAUCUGUAAGUUG